AUGAUUGAAAAGGAAAAUAUGUCUACUGAUAUUCCAGAAGUAUCUAAAAAAAUUGAAGUGUCUGAUGAAGUUGUUAAUAUGAGUGAAGAGAAUGAAGAAUCAAAGAUGCAAGAUCAGAAGACUACGAUGACGUCCACCGAAAGUAUCCCACAAGAAAAUAAAGAUGAGGAGUUAAAAAAUGAACUGAGCGAACAGGGAAAUGAAGGCAUUUUACAAGAUUCUGCGAAUGAAUUUUUAUCGAACAAUGAAUCAAAAGAGAAGGUAGAAGUAAAGGGAGACAUGAAUGAAGGCGAUAAUUCCAGAGUAUUGGAACACUCAGAAAGUAAGCCAGAAGAUAUCACAAUGAACACUGAGAAGAAUUUAUAUGAUGUAAUUUCUGAAAAAGUCACACUUUCUCAAGGUAAUAAACCACAAGAACUUGAUGAAGUUCUUAAAAGCGACAUUCACAAUCCAGAAGUCGAGAAAGGUCAACUGAACCAAGAUCACGAUCUUGAAAAGAAAACCGAGGAAGAUCAAGCAGCCCAAGAUCAAAAUAUCGAAGAAAAAACCGAGAAAGAUCAAGUGGACCAAGAUCAAAAUAUCGAAGAGAAAAUUGAGAAAAACCAAGAGGAUCAGAAUGAAAAUAUUGAAGAGAAAGUUAAGCAAGAUGCAAACAUUGAAAGCCUGACAGAUAAACCACAAAAUGUUAAAAACAUCAAUGAUGAAGAAAAAAUUGAAUCACUAAAACAGAACAGAAAAAAAGAGAUAGACACUGCUAUACAAAAGCUAAAUAUUGAACCGGCUGACAUUGAUAAGUAUUCGUCAGAUGAGGUUGAUGCCAAUGAAGAUGAUGUGAGUGAAAGUGAUUCAGACAGUAGUGACAAUGAUAUCAGCGGUAGCGGCUCAGAGAGUGAUUCAGAAAGCGAUAGUGAUGACGAAGAGGGACAUGAAGACGAUGACCUUAAAAGCGUUGAAAACUUGGAAUUUGAAGACGAUGAAAAUUUGGAUGGACCAAUCAAAUCGAAAAAUGAAUUGCCGGAAGAGGCUGCUUCUUCAUUACCUGAAGACUUCAAGAUUGACGAAAAAACCCCAAUUGAAUUAAUUGGGGAGGUCCACGCUUUUUCCGAAAAUAACUUGAUUGUCAAGGGGAACAAUUCGGCAGAGUAUAGGGUUUUGAAGGAGAAUUCAGUUUUAUGUUUUGAAGACAGAACUCCAGUCGGCUUGAUAUUUGAAAUUUUUGGGCCUUUGAGAGCACCGUUCUACAGAAUCAAGUUCAACACUGAUAAUGAGAAGAAUCAUGAAAGCUUUAAGGACUUGAAGGGUACAAAAGUAUAUUAUGUGGUGACCAAUGCCGAAUUUGAGCUCACCGAGAAAAUCAAGGCUUUCAAAGGUUGUGAUGCCAGUAAUGGUAAUGAUGAAGAACUUGCCCAGGAAGAGUUAGAAUUCAGUGAUGAUGCUGCCGAAGCGAAUUUUAAGAAAGCAAAGAAAAAUAAGAAGAAAAGAAAACAAGAUUCAGCUUCCAAGGAUGGUGCUCCUCCUCCUAAGAAAUUCUCUGGUAGCUCGAAAGUGAUAUCGUACACUCCAAUCAGUGCUGCUGAUGACGAUGAUAAUAAUAAAGAUAAUAUGGGUGUCAGACCAUAUCUGAUAUCACACCCAAGAUCAAACUCAAAACCUUCAGAAUCAGAACUUGGUCUUCCGCCAGUCCCGUCUUAUAAUAAUAAUAAUCGUCGGACCCAAAAUCAACAUAACCGUCAACAGAAUAAUAAGGAUACCAAUACUAAUAAUAACCAAGGUGCUCCUGCAAGUUAUGAUGCCUUCGAUGCGCUCAGAACCAACGGGGGGAAAACAUUUGUUCAGCAGAACAGACAAUCUUAUGGUAGAGCACCACAACAACACCAACAAAAUUUCCCUGGUAAUAACAACCAACAGUACAACCAGCCUAAUAACCAAAUGCAAGUACCUCAAUUUUAUGCUCAAGGUUUAGUUCCUCAGUAUGUCUCAAACAAUCAAACCCAAGCUGGAUCUUAUGGUGCUCCUGAUAAAUUCAACAGCCAAGGUAAUGGGCCUCAAUCCUUUACUAACCCACAGUUUAGCGCCAGUACUGGCAUCAAUGCUAAUAAUAGUAAUAAUUACAACCAUAAUCCGAAUAACAACAAUUUCAACAAUGCUAAUUAUAAUGCCAAUAACUAUAAUGCCAAUAGCAGUUACAAUAAUAAUAAUGGAUACAACCACAAUAAUUUCAACCACAAUAACUUCAAGAACAAUAAUAGCUACAAUAAUAAUAAUAGUAACUACAAUAAUAACUAUAAUAAUGGUUACAACGGUAAUUAUAACAACAAUUACAACAACAAUUACAGCAAUAGCAACUACAACAAUAAUAACUACGGCAAUGAUAACUAUGGAAAUAGUAACUACAACAACAACAUGCCCCCAACGAAUCAUUGGUCACAACAACCAAAUCACCAAGCCCCUCAAUUCAAUAACCCAUCACAACAGGCAACUGGUCCUUCUAUCCAAUCUCAAUUAAUUGCCGAAUUGACAAAAAAUCCACAGGUUGCUCAGAUGGUGCAGCAGGCAUUGGAGGCAAAACAAAAUGGUGGAAAUAUGCAAAACCAUGAUGAGUAUGAUCCUGCCAGAGGAUUGUAG